CAAGGUUGGUCCAAGAGCCACCCAUUGCAGGAAAGGUGGGUGGUGUCUAGGAACUCAUCCAAUACUUGCCCCUAUGUUAUCUUGGUGACAGGCUUUUCCUCGUUGGGCAGUGGGCUCAAGCGCUAGAGGAGAGGUCAUAUCGCUUUCGUCCUCCCCUUCAACCUCUCCGGAUGGGGAAUCAAGGGUUGACCCUUGUGACGGAGGGUAAUCGCCUAUUCCUCUCCCACCUACCAUGUGCUGCAAUGUGGGGUCGGAUCCUCAGCCCUUCCGAUGUUGGCGAUGGACGAGCUACAGGGCUGACUGGAGAUACCUCGCUCGGUUGUGCGGAUGUCCGACACUCAUAUCACGGGUCUCCAAGCGUGAUUAGCCAUCGUGGAGGCCUGGCAGGAGGCUGAGUUGGUGGAGCUUCAUUAGGAGAUUGACUCGGUGACCCAAAGCGUCUAUGCUCGCGAGACAACCUGCUUGCAAUGCUUACUCGACAUUCGAAUCCGCAUUCGAAACAUCGUGGAUCACAUCCUUCUCCAUGGGGCCGGUGUUGCCUUUGCUGUCGCCAAGCUCCGCACUAGGGUGCUUCGUUCGUGGUCUUUGAGAACCUAAUCUAGGGAUACGACGAUGCCGCCUGUGGGGUCGUCAGCGCUGUGUCUUUAAAGGAUCUGAUCUGAUGGGUUCCCUAGGGCCCUCUUCUGGCGUUCACCUUUUGGUUCAUUGGUGCAGGCAUCUUGUAACACCACAAAACUAUCAACUAAAAAUAAUGCAAUUAGUUUAUUAGUGGUAAAUAUAGUAAUGAUUUUUUUCUUCCAA